AUGAGGUUCCUCUGCAAGGGAAGCUUGCUCCUGGUGCUGGUGGGGGGUUUUGCCUUCAUCCCCCUCUCUCCCCUCUCAGGCCUGUCUGGGAACCCCACCGACCUGGAGAAGAGGCGGCAGGGCUUCGGGCAGAACUUCAUUCCUCCCAAAAAGGCCAAGACGUUCCUGCAGUUAGUGUGGGAGGCACUCCAGGACGUCACGCUGAUCAUCUUGGAAAUCGCAGCCAUAAUCUCCUUGGGCCUGUCUUUCUACCACCCUCCGGGUGGGGACAAUGAACUGUGCGGCCAGUCGACGGGCGGCGUGGAGGACGAGGGCGAGUCGCAGGCAGGCUGGAUCGAGGGGGCAGCUAUCUUGUUUUCGGUGAUCAUCGUGGUGCUGGUGACAGCUUUCAAUGACUGGAGCAAGGAGAAGCAGUUCCGGGGCCUCCAGAGCCGCAUCGAGCAGGAGCAGAAGUUCACGGUCAUCCGCAAGGGGCAGGUGAUUCAGAUCCCCGUGGCCGAGAUCGUGGUGGGAGACAUCGCCCAGAUCAAGUAUGGUGAUCUCUUGCCAGCAGAUGGGAUCCUGAUCCAGGGCAAUGACCUGAAAAUAGAUGAGAGCUCCCUGACAGGGGAGUCAGACCAAGUCAAGAAAUCUCUGGACAAAGACCCCAUGCUGCUGUCGGGUACCCACGUGAUGGAGGGCUCUGGCAGGAUGGUGGUGACUGCUGUGGGGAUCAACUCCCAGACAGGGAUCAUCUUCACUCUCUUGGGUGCAGGAGAAGGAGAUGAGGAGAAGAAGGUGAAGAAAGGUAAAAAAAGUGGAGCCCCCGAAAAUCGCAACAAAGCUAAAACUCAGGAUGGUGUGGCCUUAGAGAUCCAGCCCCUGAAGAGCCAGGAAGGGGUGGAGAACGAGGAGAAGGAGAAGAAGAAGGUGAAGGUGCCCAAGAAGGAGAAGUCUGUGCUGCAGGGGAAGCUCACACGCUUGGCAGUCCAGAUCGGGAAGGCAGGGCUGAUCAUGUCGGCCAUCACCGUCAUCAUCUUGGUGCUGUACUUCGUGAUCGACACCUUCGGGGUGCAGAGGAGGCCCUGGCUGGCAGAGUGCACCCCCAUUUACAUCCAGUACUUCGUCAAGUUCUUCAUCAUCGGCGUCACCGUGCUGGUGGUGGCUGUGCCCGAAGGGCUCCCGUUGGCCGUCACCAUCUCCUUGGCCUACUCGGUGAAGAAAAUGAUGAAGGACAACAACCUCGUGAGGCACUUGGACGCCUGCGAGACCAUGGGCAACGCCACCGCCAUCUGCUCGGACAAGACGGGCACGCUGACCAUGAACCGCAUGACCGUGGUGCAGGCCUACGUCGGGGACACCCACUACCGCCAGAUCCCCGACCCCGAAGCCAUCCUGCCCAAAGUCCUCGACCUCAUCGUCAACGGCGUCGCCAUCAACUCUGCCUACACGUCCAAGAUCCUGCCGCCGGAGAAGGAAGGGGGGCUACCCAGGCAAGUGGGGAACAAGACCGAGUGUGCCCUGCUGGGUUUCGUGCUGGACCUGAAGCAGGAUUACCAGGCCGUGAGGAACGAGGUGCCAGAGGAGAAGCUCUACAAGGUCUACACCUUCAACUCGGUGCGCAAGUCCAUGAGCACGGUGCUGAAGAACGGCAACGGCGGCUUCCGCAUGUACAGCAAGGGAGCCUCCGAGAUCAUCCUGCGCAAGUGCACCAAGAUCCUGGACAAGAACGGUGACCCCCGGGUGUUCAAGGUGAAGGACAGGGAUGAGAUGGUGAAGAAGGUGAUCGAGCCCAUGGCCUGCCAUGGCCUGAGGACCAUCUGCCUGGCCUUCCGUGACUUCCCCGCUGACGCCGAGCCCGACUGGGACAGUGAGAACGAGAUCCUGUCUGACCUCACCUGCAUCGCUGUGGUGGGCAUAGAGGACCCUGUGCGGCCAGAG